UCCCCCUCUUCUUCCGUGCACGCCACCCGCAGCCAUGAGCGCAGGAGAGGGGCUGGAUGAGGCUGCGAAGGACGCGGCAGACAUAGCGGCGUUUUUCAAAUCCGAUUGCUCUCUUCCAAAAUGUGAUUCCAAGCUGGAUGGCCCAGGUCCAACCUCAGGGUUUCAUCGCAAUGAGGAUAUGAAGGCCAUUGAUGUGCUUCCCAGCCUCAAGGAGAAGGUCGCCUUUCUCUCAGGCGGCAGAGACAGACGUGGAGGUCCCGUUCUCACCUUUCCAGCACGGAGCAACCAUGACAGAAUACGACCUGAAGACCUGCGCAGGCUCAUAGCCUACCUGGCUACUAUUCCCAGCGAGGAGGUGGCCCGACAUGGCUUCACAGUUAUCGUGGACAUGCGUGGUUCUAAGUGGGACAGCAUCAAGCCCCUGCUGAAGAUCCUGCAGGAGUCUUUCCCUUCUUGCAUCCACGUCGCCCUCAUCAUCAAGCCCGACAACUUCUGGCAGAAGCAGAGGACCAACUUUGGCAGCUCCAAGUUUGAAUUUGAGACGGUGAUGGUCUCCUUAGAGGGUUUAACCAAGAUCGUGGAUCCAUCCCAGCUGACAGCCGACUUCGAGGGCAGCCUAGAUUACAACCAUGACGACUGGAUCGAGGUGCGGCUGUCGUUUGAGACCUUUGCCAGCGAUGCCACGCGGGCUCUGGCGCGCCUGGAGGAGCUGCAGGACACCCUGUCCCAGCGCGAUCUCCCCCGGGACCUGGAGGGGGCGCGGAGGCUCAUGGAAGAUCACGCCGGGCUGAAGAAAAGGGCCACCAAGGCGUCCGUGGAGGAGCUGGACACGCAGGGACGACGGCUGCUUCAAAGGCUGAACUUACAAACUGCGGGAGGUGGUGGUGGCGGUGACAGCGGGUACGGUAACCGGGCCGUCGGAGCCAGCGGAGACUCCAACGACCACCACCACGGUUUCCACGCAGACGCACACAACCUGGUGGCGAAAGUGACGGGUCUGUUGGACAAGUUGCACGGGACGCGGCAGAAUCUGCAGCAGCUGUGGCACAUGAGGAAGCUGAAGCUGGACCAGUGUUUCCAACUGAGGCUGUUUGAACAGGACGCUGAGAAGAUGUUCGACUGGAUCAUGCACAACAAGGGGCUUUUCCUCACCAGUUACACAGAGAUCGGAGGAAACCACCAGCACGCCGUCGAGCUGCAGACCCAGCACAACCACUUCGCUAUGAACUGCAUGAACGUGUAUGUGAACAUCAAUCGGAUCAUGUCAGUGGGGAACCGGCUCCUGGAGUCGGGCCACUACGCCUCGCAGCAGAUCCAGCAGAUCUCAGGCCAGCUGGAGCAGGAGUGGAAAGCCUUCGCCGCAGCGCUGGAUGAACGCAGCACCCUGCUGGAGAUGUCCGCCAGCUUCCACCAGAAGGCAGACCAGUACAUGAGUAAAGUGGAGCCGUGGGGUAAAGCGUGUGGUGAAGGAGAGCUGCCGUCUGAGCUCCAAGAUCUGGAAGACACAAUCCACCAUCACCAGGGAUUAUACGAGCACAUUACCACUGCGUACUCUGAGGUAAGCCAGGACGGCAAGUCUCUACUCGACAAACUGCAACGACCUCUGACCCCGGGAAGUGCAGAUACGUUAAUGUCAUCAGCCAACUACUCCAAGGCCGUCCACCAUGUCCUGGACAUCAUCCACGAAGUGCUGCAUCACCAGAGGCAGCUGGAAAACAUCUGGCAGCAUCGCAAAGUUCGCCUGCACCAGCGCCUGCAGCUGUGUGUCUUUCAGCAGGAUGUGCAGCAGGUGCUGGACUGGAUAGAAAACCAUGGCGAGGCCUUCCUCAGUAAACACACGGGUGUUGGGAAGUCUCUGCACAGAGCCAGAGCUCUGCAGAAGAGACACGAGGACUUUGAGGAGGUCGCACAGAAUACCUACACCAAUGCUGACAAGUUGCUGGAGGCAGCGGAGCAGCUCGCCCAGACCGGAGAGUGUGACCCGGAGGAGAUUUACCAGGCUGCUCACCAGCUCGAAGAUCGCAUCCAGGACUUUGUGCGACGCGUCGAGCAGCGAAAAGUCCUACUGGACAUGUCUGUUGCCUUCCACACUCACGUCAAAGAGCUGUGGACGUGGCUGGAGGAGCUUCAGAAGGAGCUGCUGGAUGAUGUGUACGCGGAGGCGGUGGAGGCGGUGCAGGAGCUGAUCAAGCGUUUUGGCCAGCAGCAGCAGACCACCCUACAGGCUACUGUCAAUGUCAUCAAGGAGGGAGAGGACCUCAUACAACAGCUCAGAGACUCGGCCAUCUCGAGCAACAAGACUCCCCACAACAGCUCAAUGGCGCACAUCGAGAGCGUGCUGCAGCAGCUGGACGAGGCCCAGGGCCAGAUGGAGGAGCUGUUCCAGGAAAGGAAGAUCAAACUGGAGCUCUUCCUCCAGCUCCGCAUCUUUGAGAGGGACGCGAUCGACAUCAUCUCAGACCUGGAGUCAUGGAACGAGGAGCUGUCGCAGCAGAUGAGUGACUUCGACACGGAGGACCUGUCGCUGGCCGAGCAGAGGCUGCAGCAUCAUGCAGACAAGGCGCUCACCAUGAACAACCUCACCUUCGACGUCAUCCACCAGGGACAAGAGCUGCUGCAGUACGUCACCGAGGUCCAGGCAUCUGGUGUGGAGCUGUUAUGCGACAGAGAUGUGGACAUGGCCACGCGGGUCCAGGACCUGCUCGAGUUCCUCCACGAGAAGCAGCAGGAGCUGGACCUGGCCGCGGAGCAGCACCGGAGGCACCUGGAGCAGUGCGUCCAGCUGCGGCAUCUACAGGCCGAAGUCAAACAGGUGCUGGGUUGGAUCCGUAAUGGAGAGUCCAUGCUGAAUGCCGGCCUGAUCACCGCCAGUUCGUUGCAAGAAGCCGAGCAGCUGCAAAAGGAACACGAACAAUUCCAACAUGCAAUAGAGAAAACCCAUCAGAGUGCACUGCAGGUCCAGCAGAAGGCUGAGGCCUUACUUCAGGCCAACCACUACGAUAUGGAUAUGAUCAGAGACUGUGCAGAAAAGGUGGCAGAUCAUUGGCAGCAGCUGAUGCUGAAGAUGGAGGACAGACUCAAGCUGGUCAAUGCGUCAGUGGCCUUCUACAAGACCUCUGAGCAGGUGUGCAGUGUCCUGGAGAGCCUUGAGCAGGAGUACAAGAGGGAAGAAGACUGGUGCGGUGGUGCUGAUAAACUGGGGCCCAACAGCGACUCUGACCACGUCACUCCCAUGAUCAGCAAACAUCUGGAGCAGAAGGAGGCCUUCCUCAAGGCCUGUACAUUAGCCAGGCGUAACGCUGAUGUCUUCCUGAAGUACCUGCACAGAAACGGUGUCAACAUGCCCGGCAUGUUGUCCCACGUCAAAGCUCCAGAGACUCAGGUUAAGAAUAUCUUGAAUGAGUUGCUGCAGAGAGAGAACAGAGUGCUGCACUUCUGGACCAUGAGGAAGCGGAGACUGGACCAGUGUCAGCAAUAUGUGGUGUUUGAACGCAGCGCCAAACAGGCCCUGGAGUGGAUCCACGACACUGGGGAGUUUUACCUGUCCACACACAUGUCCACUGGCUCCAGUAUUCACCACACACAGGAACUGCUGAAGGAGCACGAAGACUUCCAGAUCACAGCAAAGCAAACCAAAGAGAGGGUGAAGCUGUUGAUCCAGCUGGCCGAUGGGUUUUGUGACAAGGGCCACUCCCAUGCCCUGGAGAUAAAGAAAUGGGUGUCCUCGGUGGACAAGCGCUACAGGGACUUCUCGCUCCGCAUGGACAAAUACCGAACCUGCCUGGAAUCGGCGCUCGGCAUUUCUUCUGACUCAAACAAGGCUAGUAAAGAGCUGCAGUUGGACAUCAUCCCAGCCAGUGCUCCGGGGUCAGAGGUCAAGUUGAGGGAUGCUGCCCACGAACUCAACGAGGAGAAGAGGAAAUCAGCGCGAAGGAAAGAGUUCAUAAUGGCUGAGCUGAUUCAGACGGAGAAAACCUACGUCAGAGACCUGCGGGAAUGUAUGGAUACAUACCUGUGGGAGAUGACCAGCGGUGUGGAGGAGAUUCCUCCUGGUAUCGUCAACAAAGAACACAUCAUCUUUGGGAACAUGCAGGACCUCUACGAGUUUCACCACAACAUCUUCCUUAAGGAGUUGGAAAAGUAUGAGCAGCUUCCAGAGGAUGUCGGCCAUUGUUUUGUGACUUGGGCUGAUAAGUUCCAGAUGUAUGUGAACUACUGUAAGAACAAGCCUGACUCCACUCAGCUCAUCCUGGAGCACGCCGGACCCUACUUUGAUGAAAUCCAGCAGAGGCAUCGUCUUGCUAACUCCAUCUCCUCUUACCUGAUCAAACCAGUCCAGAGAAUCACUAAGUACCAGCUUCUUCUCAAGGAGCUGCUGACAUGUUGUGAGGAGGGAAAAGGUGAGAUCAAGGAUGGUCUUGAAGUGAUGCUGAGCGUCCCCAAGAGAGCUAAUGAUGCCAUGCACCUCUCGAUGUUGGAUGGCUUUGACGGAAACAUUGACUCCCAGGGGGAGCUGACCCUCCAGGACUCCUUCCAGGUGUGGGAUCCCAAGACUCUUAUUCGUAAAGGUCGCGACCGACACCUCUUCCUGUUCGAGAUGUCCUUGGUUUUUAGCAAAGAGGUCAAGGACUCCAUGGGCCGCAGCAAAUACCUCUUCAAGAGCAAGCUGUUUACGUCGGAGCUCGGCGUGACAGAACACGUUGAGGGAGACCCUUGCAAGUUUGCUCUGUGGGUGGGCAGGACCCCGACCUCAGACAACAAGAUCGUCCUCAAGUGUUCGAGUCUGGAGAACAAGCAGGACUGGAUCAAACACAUCCGGGAGGUGAUCCAGGAGCGAACCGUGCACCUGCGUGGCGCUCUGAAGGAGCCCAUCCACAUCCCUAAAGCCACCACAGCUAAACAUAAAGGCAGACGAGACGGGGAGGACCUGGACAGCCAGGGAGACGCCAGCAGCCAACCAGAUACCAUCUCCAUUGCCUCACGUACAUCACAGAACACGCUGGACAGUGACAAGUUGUCCGGUGGCUGUGAGUUGACCGUGGUGAUCCAUGACUUUGUGGCCAGUAACGCUGGCAGCAGCGGGGAGCUGACGGUGCGCAGGGGCCAGACCGUGGAGGUCCUGGAGCGGCUCCACGACAAGCCGGACUGGUGCCUGGUGAGGACCACCGACCGCUCUCCGGCCCAGGAGGGGAUCGUACCCUGCUCCAUGCUCUGCAUCGCUCACUCCAGGUCCUCCAUGGAGAUGGAGGGACUCUUCAACCACAAAGACACCUUGUCCGUGUCCAGUAACGACGCCCUGCAGCCGGGCUCCAGCCAAACCCUGGGCCCCCACAGCUCGCCAGGGCCCAAGCGUCCCGGGAACACUCUGAGGAAGUGGCUGACCAGCCCCGUGCGGCGGCUCAGCUCCGGCAAGGCCGAUGGCCACGUCAAGAAGCUCGCCCACAAGCACAAGAAGAACCGCGAUGGCACACGGAAGAACAUGGACACGAUCCCCGGCUCGCAGAAGGACUCUGACGACAGCGCAGCCACGCCACAGGACGAGACACUGGAGGACCGCAUGCGUAACGAGGGGCUGAGCAGUGGCACCCUGUCCAAGUCUUCUUCAUCAGGCAUGCAGAGCUGUGGCGAGGAGGAAGGAGAAGAGGGCGCCGACGCCGUCCCUCUACCUCCCCCUAUGGCCAUCCAGCAGCACAGCCUGCUGCAGCCGGACUCCCAGGACGACAAGCAUUACGUUGAUUUCUGUUCUGCUUCUCUUCUUGCCCAGUUUCCCUAUCUCUCCAUGUAA